AUGGGUCAUCAUGUGGACGCCGACACCAUCAACAACGUUCUCCAACUUGUGGCCAAGCUGCACGAGCUUCUCAUUGUGGCAUCGCUUUCUUCCAUCGCACUAGCCAUGUUUCGACGGUGUUUAGUGACAAAUGGUGUUCGGUUAGGAUUCCUCACGGGCGGCUAUCGAGUCGGCGACCUUGGUUAUAUGGGAACGACAGCGUUCUGGCGCCAAGGUUUUGAUACCUCAAGCCCCUGGGGUAUACUGCUCCCAGGAUUUGUUGUCUUCGCUACCAUCCUGUCAACCACCGUCGGACCAGCAUCCGCUGUAUUGCUUGUGCCAACUCUCGGCUGGUACAAGAUCGAUAACUCGAUUGCAUUCGGAAACAUCACUCUUCCCCUGCGGUAUUCGUGGAACAAGGAAAAUAUUUGGUUUGCGGGCCGGCAUGAUGCACCUUCAGAAUGCAAGACGGUUAAGGGCAUAUACAAUGACUACUGCGCAGCAGGAGGUUUCCCACAGAUAUCGAGCUGGCUCCUGGAUUUCGCAGCCACGGACCUGACGAACAACCUUGCGUUUCACUCCACGUCAGCCGAUCUGCGACGACACAUUGUUUUCACCCACGUCAACGACUCCGAUGGCAUCAGCUCAACCACGCUGUUAACCACUCCUCGACAUUUUCUUACGGGUAGCAUUGGCCUGUUUGAGAAGUAUAUCCAUAGCUCCGAAGUGGGCGCGUUGUCACGCGAGCCCCGUUACAGACUCAACACCACAAGAACAAACCCUGAGAACUCAGAGGAAGAGUCGAUACUUUAUCAGCCAUUUGUGCAGUCGACAUGCAGGAUUCAUGAUAAGCAUAAGUUGGUUGAGGAUCAACAGCCUGUCUUUUAUCCUGUCGACUCACUUAACUGCUUCCAUGAUGAUGACUGCGAAUAUUUUCAAAAGAAUCGUAAGGAAUUCGACGAAGGCUGGCUGACGAACCCGAAUCUCGAUGUUGACGUGUCGAUUUCCACAAAUUUCUUGGUCAACAAAAAAAACUCAUCCAUUCUCUUCCUUAACGGACAGAUACCAGAUGAUUCCUCGGGCGAAUCAAAGGACAUAGUUUUCCUGUGCAGCUUAAUCGGAAGCUGGGCUCCGUCGAACUUCUCUGUCGACGCCAAAGCCAGUGAUAUACUGCGAUCUUCUCUUAGCCAAAGCAGCACGAUGCGAGGGUUGUAUGAAAGUGAUUCCAUGGUUGAGGUCCACACCGUGAGGUUCUCUAGUGCCUGGUUCCAAGCUCUUAACCCACGUUGGAAUACCACCAACACAACCAGUGUCACGGCACUGCAACAGAUUGUUCAAACCUUCUCCUCCACGGAGAGGCAGAACGGGAUUACCCUGCCGGUGUCAGCACCUUUCAGCCGUGACAACAAGACCGGAGCAGAAAUGUUUCUCAGCAAGGUAUUCGGGGUUUAUCUUACCGAGGGUCUUGCUCGAAGCACCUAUAAACACCAGAAUACGCGUGUAGUCCUGAAUAGUAGCAGCGAUGAGCUGGCGUAUAUCAACCUCAAUGAGCAACACGGCUAUCGUGGCGGAGUACACAAGGUGACCCCGUUAAAUUCAACUUUUCGUCUCGAGAGAUGGCGGGGCAAAGACACACCUCUCAACGGACCCUUCGAGGAUUUUCAAGCAGCUUUCCACAAAGACCUGCCCAUAUACAUCGUCGCUGAGCGCCACGGAUAUGGAUCUGGCCAACAACGUCGCACAUUACAUUGGGCCCAAGCUACGAUGGGCAUCUACCUCGGCACUGUGGCCAUCUAUGCAUUGGGGGUGGGUGCCAUGAGUGUUCUCGAGUUCUUCGAAUACGAGCCAGGAGGGGUGGGGGUGCGCGUUUUGAGCAUCAUACCGUGGUCGGACCUCCAAGACCUGAUGAUACUCGCGCUGAAAACGCCAGUCCCCAACGACGAGGAUUUGGCGGAUGCUGGAGCGGGUGUUACCUCGAGCCGAGUCUGGGAGAAGACUGUUCGAGCUAGAGCAGACGACGAGCGCAACGCACAAUUGGUGCUCGGAGAGACAAAUGUCACGAGAAGAUUAGACUUGAAUGGUCAAGAGGGGUAUUAUUAG